UGUGUGCACGCUGAGCCGCACUCCAUCCCGGUCAUGUAUGCGGCACGCCUGUGUGUGUACACCUUCCGCAGGUUACACAGCAGCAACACCUUUAUAAAAAUGACAAUGGGCUCAGAUGUCCCUAAAACAUUAAGAAUGGCUUCAAGCCUGGCCAGCGCCAUGAAUCUCAUGAGAUGGGAUUUGUCACCAGAGACUAUACAGACCAGGACAGAAGAGCUCAUCACAAGGACAAAGAGUGUUUACGAUGCUGUGGCUGCAUUGGAUGUAGAGAAAGUCACAUUCGAGAACACUUUAAAAGUAUUAGCGGAUCUGGAACUUGAGUAUUCAGUGGAGAGGAGCAUGUUAGAUUUCCCGCAGCAUGUAUCCCCAAGUAGGGAACUGCGUUCGGCCAGCACGCUAGCCGACAAAACACUGUCUGACUUCGACGUUGAGAUGACUAUGAGAGAGGAUAUAUUUAAAAGAAUUCUCCAUUUAUAUCAAACGCAAGACUUGAAACAAUUGGACCCAGAGGUUAGACGGUAUCUGGAAAAGUCUGUUCAGAUUGGAAAACGGAAUGGACUCCAUCUUUCCCUGGAAGUACAGAGUGAAAUAAAGAGGAUGAAAAAAAUGAUCAGUCAGCUAAGUAUCGAUUUCAAUAAAAAUCUCAAUGAGGAUAACACAUUUCUGGUCUUUACAAAAGCAGAACUGGAGGGUCUUCCUGAUAACUUCAUUGACAGUUUAGAAAAGACAGAGAGCCACAGCUAUAAAGUAACUCUCCAAUAUCCUCACUAUUUCCCUAUACUUAAACAGUGUUCCGUACCUGAAACUCGGAGGAAACUGGAGACUGCUUUCAACAGUAGAUGUAUGGAGGAGAAUACUAAAAUUCUAGAGCAGCUAAUUACCCUGCGGGCUAAACUGGCAAAGCUGCUGGGAUACCAAACACAUGCUGACUUUGUCCUUGAACUGAACACAGCAAAGAACACAAGGAAAGUGUCUGCUUUUCUAGAUGAUCUGAAGACAAAGGUAAAGCCUCUAGGGGAGGAAGAGAAGCAGCUGAUUCUGGAGAUGAAAUGUGACGAGUGUUCAGACAAAGGCUUGGAGUUUGAUGAUAGAAUCAAUGCCUGGGACCUAAACUACUACCUCACACGUGUGGUGGAGACAAAGUACUCUGUGGAUCAGGACAAACUACGGGAAUAUUUCCCCAUGGAGACAGUUACAGAAAGCCUUUUACAGAUUUAUCAGGAGCUCCUUGGACUUCGAUUUGAGCAUGUGGAAAAUGCGCACGUUUGGCACGAGAGCGUGACACUCUACUCAGUUUAUGAUGGAGCAACAGGAGAUAUUCUCGGACAGUUUUACUUGGACCUUUAUCCUAGAGAGGGAAAGUAUGGUCAUGCUGCAUGUUUUAGUCUGCAGCCCGGCUGCCUCCUCCCAGAUGGAAGCAAGAUGAUGUCUGCCGCAGCCAUGGUGGCAAACUUCACCAAGCCUGCACCCACCCGGCCCUCUCUCUUGCGCCACGAUGAGGUCAAGACUUAUUUCCAUGAGUUUGGACAUGUUAUGCACCAAAUAUGCGCUCAGACAAAGUUUGCACGAUUUAGUGGUACAAAUGUGGAAACCGAUUUUGUGGAAGUGCCAUCCCAGAUGCUAGAGAAUUGGGUGUGGGAGAAAGAGGCUUUGCAGAGAAUGUCCAGACAUUACAUAGAUGGCAACCCCAUUCCUGAUGAACUGCUGGACAAAUUAAUAGAGUCCAGACUGGCUAAUACAGGUCUCCUGACUCUUCGUCAGAUCGUUCUCAGUAAACUUGACCAAUCUCUGCACACAAAGCCGUCUGCUGACACAGCCAGUGAAUAUGCCAAGUUCUCGGAGGAGAUUCUAGGGAUCUCUGCCACACCAGGCACAAACAUGCCAGCCACUUUUGGGCACCUGGCCGGGGGAUAUGAUGGACAGUAUUAUGGCUACCUGUGGAGUGAAGUCUUCUCAAUGGAUAUCUUCUAUAGCUGCUUCAAACAGAAAGGAAUAAUGAACCCAGAGGUUGGAAAGAAAUACAGAGACCUUAUCCUGAAGCCUGGGGGAUCAGUGGAUGGCAUGGAUCUGCUGCGAGAAUUCCUGGGUCGUGAGCCAAACCAAAAAGCCUUUCUCUUGAGUAAAGGAUUGAGACCAUAAAAUGUAGUUACCCUUUAAUUAUAUACAUUUCAAUGGGGGAAAAAGUUAUGUGACUUCUCUGAACAAUAACUGCCUUGAUAAUGUGCCAAAAUGUACUGACACUUUCGUUGUACUAUGCCAAAAUGUGGCUUAAAUCACAAAAUGGAAUCUUUUUAUAUAUCAUUUCAUUUGUGUUGUUUUCUGAGGCAGGAAAUUGGGUAUUUGUUACCAAUAGGCUGUAAACAUGAAUUCAUCUUAACUUUCCAGGUAAAAUUUCACUGCCAUAAUGUGUACUAAAACACGCCACUCUUUUAGUGGUUUCUUGAUUGAACUUUGAGCUUCAGUUUGCCUAGAAAAAUCACAGAUUCG